CCGCUGCUGGCCGCUGUCUUGUCAACGUGAUAAUAUGGCGUCUGCGUCGGUAGGUGAUUGAACAUUUUAAUCCAUUCAAUUUCCAUACGUUGACGCCACGCUUUUAUGUUACGAUUUUUACCGUAUCGGUUCGUUUCAAAGCAUAAAAAAGUGUUUGAUUGAACGCAAGAAGUUGGCGUCAUUUCGUUGCCGUAACAAGAGAAUCGUUAUUGACAUUUGUCCGUGAAUUUCCGUUCCUUUGCUAAUGGAUGACGAUACGAUUGCUUUUGGGGAGGAGGAUGAGGCUGGUCAAAAUAGCAACAAACUUAAACAUCCAUAUGUCACCAUGUUUCAUUUGGCCUUCAGGAUAAUGGCGAUAGUAGUUUAUAUGUUAUGUCGGUUAUUCUCGGAUAGUUUUAUAUCUAGCUUUGUAACUGUUGUAUUACUUCUAUCAAUGGACUUUUGGACAGUUAAAAAUAUAACUGGGAGGUUGAUGGUUGGUCUUAGGUGGUGGAAUUACGUUGAUGACAAUGGAAAAAGCCAUUGGGUAUAUGAGUCGAAAAAGGGUGCUCAACAGAAUCGUAUUAACGCAACUGAAGCUCGCAUCUUUUGGUUAGCCCUUAUUCUCACACCUAUGUUAUGGUCAGUAUUUUUUAUGAUAGCUUUGUUCAGCUUGAAAUUUAAGUGGUUACUACUCGUGUGUAUUGCAAUUGUCUUGAACGGUGCAAAUCUUUAUGGAUACGUAAAAUGCAAAAUGGGUAACGAUCGAAAUUUAUCCUCGGCUACAAGCGAUUUUCUGAGAAAACAAGUCAUGCAAAAUGUUGCGUCGAUGAUGACCAGAAGUCCACCGGCGCAUAAUCCAAAUCAACCAACUAAUGUGAUAUAAAGCUGCACAUUCGCAGCCAGGAUAUUAUUUAAGAACAAUGUUGCCAUAACGUGCACCAUGAUGAAAAAUAAAAAACAUUUGUACAUAAAGAUCACGUAGGCUUUUCUUAUAAGGCUAAAUGAAAGGAUAUAAUAAAACUGCUAACGAAGAUGC